AUGGCCCGGUACCAAUAUAUACCCCUGCCUCCCAUCGACGAACUCGGCCAGAGUCCCGCAUUCACGCGGAUUUUGACUCUCUAUCCUGGCACAGAGCACGAUCCACUAUACUGUACUCUCGACAUUGUUGAUAUUGAACAUUGUCCAUGGCCUCCGGAAGCCCUGUCGUAUGUAUGGGGCAGCGAGCGGGCGCCUGUGCCCCUCUACUGCGGUAAUGGCCAACUCAGCAUAACCCUAAACCUGGACAUCGCGCUUCGCCACCUUCGUCUCCCUCAUGCUCACCGCAGGCUCUGGGUCGAUGCGGUCUGCAUCAAUCAAGAGGAUCUGAGGGAGCGAGAGCGUCAGGUAGGUUACAUGCGGCUUGUAUAUAAGCAUGCAGUCCCAGUCAUUGCAUGGCUUGGCCCUGGUAUACCCGAAACAGCAGAAGCGUUCGAUUUUGCGAGGAGAUUGUCCGAGUUGCAGAAGGAUAUAAACGAAACCGCGACGAGUGCACCCGAUGGGCGGACACUCUACUCGAUGAAGAAUGAAGCGGACAUUAUCAUUUUCGAGUCAAUGGCGGCAGAGCCACGGGCGACGGACGCCCUGGCUCGUCUUUUCACAGGGCAGUACUUUGAACGCGUGUGGUGUAUACAGGAGGUCGCCGCCUCGCAACGCUGCAUUGCCAAAUGCGGUCAGCACGAGAUGGAUUUCUUUGAUUUGCUCUCGCUGCAGACCUAUGUCUGUAAUCUCCGCGGGGUUAUCAUGGAUGCUCAGGGCCUGGAUUAUCCUGAUGGUACGGUGUCUUUCUGGAGUACGUUUGUCCUUGGCAGACGGAAGAUCUUGGUGUCGCAAAAACGGCAAUUCGUGGAGGGAUCUAUCGGCAAGAUGUUCACUUUACUUGCAGGGAUCCGCAACUUCAAAUGCACCGACCCCCGCGAUCGGAUCUUUGCUCUGCUCGGAAUCUCGGACGAAGGAUUGCAGCCUGUUCUGGCACUGACCCAAGUCGAAGGUGCACAUAACUCGAGGGCAUUGUCGCUCCUUCGGCGCGGGAUGAUAUGGCUCUCGGACAAGGUGAACUCACUCGGGCCGGAUAUCAACUUCCUCAGGCCAGCAGCCCUGAGUCCAAACUACUCCAAGCCUGUGCGAGAAGUCUACAGAGACUUUACAAGGUUCAGCGUGCGCCAACAGCCACGAAAGCUCGACAUAUUAUCGCUCGUACAACAUACCACCCAUCCGUUACAGGACAAUUGGCCAUCCUGGGUUCCUAAGCUGCAUGAAGAACGCUCAGUGUCUCUCUUACCACCUGGUUUGUGUCUCGCGGGUAUCCCAGUGUAUGGCCACUAUCGGUAUUUCGCGGAGCUUCACGAUUCACCCCUCAAUGGCGGCUCAGUCGAGCCAGAUGUCCUCCAGCUGGACGGGUAUCGUGUUGAUCUGGUUGACGCUGUGAGCGAUCUUAUUCACUACAAGUACACGGAAACGCCGCCAAUAGAAGCGAUAUGGUCUCAGCUCUUCGACUUUCCCUUGUUUCCGCGUCCCGGCUUUCAGUAUACGGGGACAAGCGAGGCUCUAGAUGUUGCUUUCUUGCAGACAAUAGCUGCCGGCAUACUGGGGGUGAUUAGCAUGUUCCUCAACCAGCAAACCUCCUGGCAGGAGUCAAGGCCUGACGCUUGGGACGCCUUGAGAAGGCAGGUAAAGAGUAACAUUUUGGCGUGGCUGCAAGCACAUCCACUGGCUCACGGAUUAUCCUACCCCGACCUAGUGCCAGAGGGACAAUUGGCGGACCUCCCUGGGGGUGAGAAUGCAUAUACGCAUCCUCUUUGGCUCUAUUCUCGGAAUAGGCGGAUGUACAGAACGAGAUCAGGGCUUGUCGGACUUGGUCCGCAAAUGAUGCAGCCAGGGGAUCAAGUAGUCGUACUAUUUGGGGGAAGUCUGCCGUUUAUUUUACGACCGUGGGGAAGAGAGUGGUUACUUAUCGGAGAUACCUAUCUUCAUCAUGAUUCGAUCUUGCAGGGAGAGCAGGUCCAGAUGGUCAGAUCCUCAUCCGGCCCGUCCAGGGUUGAGACUUUCAGGCUAGCAUAG